GCGAUUGUCAAAUAACAGGCAAAUUGAAUGACUUAAUGAAAGAUUAGUGCAGCACUAUACAGACUGCAGAAAGAAGAUAUACUCUGCCACCCCGGGUAGGUGGCAAAGAGAAGGUAGUUUGGGCCUUCCCUCUGUACCUAGUGGAAUACUGACAGUGUUCAUUCACAAAUUAGCUAUCCAACCUACUUUCCUUUUCUAGAGUGUGAGAUAAAAAUACUUCUUGCUGGAGGGAAAAGUACCUCCCUGUGAUUAAUUUUAUCAUGUGUUCUGUUUUUCUGAUUACUCAUGGAAUUUCUUUUAUGUUCCUCAGUUUACCUGAUUGAUGAGCAAAAAGGAAUCUCUAACCAAGUCACUAAUAACAGCUGUGACAACCGAGAGUUCUUAAUGAGUUAAAAACAUCUUUCAGUGGGUCAUUAGCUCAUCCAUUACAGAAUCCACCUGCAAUAAGAAUGACCUCUUCUCAAUCACAGAACAUAACUGGAUCAUAAGCACCUUUUAUCAGCUUCCCACUCUUGUUUAUUAUAACAUCCUUCUGUAGACACCUUUCAUUCGUUUUGAGGGGUACCUUCCCUGGGUGUCCGGGCUAUAUUAGUAAGGUCAGGGUAAAAGAUUGCACACAUUCCAUCUGUGACCAGGGGUCCAGUGGGGGCCAGCUGAGGUUACCCAGUUAGGGUGAACUGCAAAGAAUGGGGCAGAUAAUUUCCAAAGCUAGUGGAUAUUUUCAAUACUUGGAUUUACCAAGACAGCAUAAACCAGCUUCUUUAUUACCUCACUGGUUGUCCAGAAACCAGCAACACAGUCCCCUUAAAGUAACCCAGCCUCAGGCCUCCAUCCAGGUACCCAAGUCAAAUAUGAUGAAGAUGUCUAAAAAUCUUAUUUCAUCAUAUAAACAGAAAAGGUUCUACCAAUCCCAAAGAAUCAGACACAUCACCUCCCAGGUUAAUGAAUAUUUAUGAUCUUACCCAUACACGCUACAACCAGUUCUUGUUAACGAAACUAAAAUUUAUUAAAAAGAAAAGAGAGUGUGGUUAAAAGAUCAAUACAUACAGACAUGAGUUCAGUUCUUGAGGUUCAGAUACAUAGCCGAGAUGGUGAGUUUUGUAGUUUCAAAGAGUUCUUUUAGAAAUAGUUCAUAGGUUAUAGUCCAAUGUCCAAUAUCACUGCAGGGCGUUCCAGCUUAGGACUGGGAUCUCAGUCCUCAUGGCUUAAGUUUCCCCUGUAUGAAGCCUCAAGCAGAUCUGAGAUAAACAGGAUCAGUAUUCAAGGAUCUUUUAUACAGUUUCAGGUCGUCUUUGACAAGUUGGAGUCCCUCGGGGAAUAACAGGCCCUCAUUUCCUGGGCAUCGCUGUUAAUUAUUCACACAGAUUAACACAAGGCCAUUUAUCCAUCAGGCAGUCAUAUGUAAAUGCACAAAAACACAAACGUUCUCUCCCCACGUCUUUAAAGCUUGGCUUUGGGGUAGUUAGCCUGCAAGUUGUUUAAACCUUUCUGGCCAUAAGUUAUAUUUUGUAUAAGAUUUGUUGCAAUCAUAUAACAGUGGUAGCAAUAAUGUUUUGCAUGAUUAUAUUUUAAUUAGACAAGGUCACACCAUCAUUUUUCCUUCACCCAUUAGAUUCAAUUGAAGGACAAAGAAGAUUUUAGUUUCAGUGCGUAUAGGGCAAUAAAUAUAGAGGUGCACAAAAAAAGGCUUUUGAUUAGUAUAUAAAAGAAUUAUGAGAGUUUAACAUACAAAACUCACACAAAUUACCUAAAUAAAUAUAUAUAUUAACAUACAUAAAUGAUGAUAUUUGCUAAGGUAUGGAUGGAAGGGUGAAUUGGAUGGGUUGAUUGGAUGGAUGGGGUGAUUGGAUAGGUUAAAUCAGAGAGAUGGCUGGGUAGGAAUGGAAGUGAUUCCUAGGCUUGGUGUACAGCCAGUAUCCCCUCCCAUGUUCACAGCAGGGUCAGGGCAGGUCUCCAAGGAGAGACAGGAGCUGUUGCUUGCCUGUUUCGUCUCAGUGCUGAGAAGAACAAGGAGUAACGGUCUCAAGUUGCAGAGGGGGAGGUUUAGGUUGGACAUUAGGAAAAACUUUUUCACUAGGAGGGUGGUGAAGCACUGGAAUGGGUUCCCUAGGGAGGUAGUGGAAUCUCCAUCCUUAGAGGUUUUUAAGGUCAGGCUGUUUCGUCUCAGUGCUGAGGAUCCAUGUGGGUGACUCAGUGGGAAGCAGCAGGGGAAGUCUAGUCUUGCCCUGAUGCCCUGUCAGUGUGCCUCAGCCCCACCCUGGAUGGACCCUCUAGGGGCAAGAGGGGUGUUCUGCCUCUGUGCUGACUUGAGGGGAGUCAAUCUGUGUCCGUUGUGAUCAUGGUUCUUGUGUGAUGAGUUCUUGCCCACUCCAGACUGGACUGAGCCCAUAAUGCAUUUGGGGGUGUCUGGAUUUGGGGUUUUGGUUUGAUCCGUUACAGAGAAAAGGGAGAACCAUGAAACUUGGAGCCAGAUCCCAGUUUGGAUCCCAAACGUCUCCAGCAUUCAGGUGCUCGGGUCAGGGGCACUGGCUCAAGCCCAUCUGUAAUUAUUCCCCCUUGUGAUACGCAGAGAAACUCUCUGAACUCACCACUUGCCAGUGCUACUGACCAAGUAUCUAUUUGUACCGAGUGUGGAGUGGAGGAGGAGGAAUGGCUGAUGCAGUGGGACGGCCCCGUGGAGGUGUGCCCCAUCAGAUCUCCAACCUCCUGCGGCUGGCAGAUGUGGGAGGCCACAAGGACAUCGUGGCAGGCAUCAUGCAGGCAGCCAGGGUCCAGCCAGCUGCUGUGGCCUCCCGCCUAGUCCAGAUCCUCCAGCAGGAUGAGGUGUCUGUCAGGCAGAAGGUGGCGGCAUACGAGGGCCUCAGGACCGUGCCGCUGGAGCAGGGGAUGGAGGCAGGACUUAUCGGCAGCCUCAUUGCUGUGGCUUCCCAGCAGAUGAGGGCGGCUCCAGAGGAGGCCUCGAGCGAGCUCCAGGUGGCUGCCAGUGAUACCUUGGCCGCCCUCGCUGGCAGCUACUUCGGGCCGGUGAUGCGGGAGCUCCAGAAACACCUGAGGCCCUUUGUACUGCCAGCGGAGUUCACCCUCCUCACCCUGGGCAAGGUCAUGGCGGUCAGCGUGUACAGGUGCGUCCCUUUCCUGGGCAUCACCCUGACCACCAUGCAGACUGUGAUGCGAGGGAUAGAUGACAGCAGGAGACGAGGGGCCUUCUGCACCGGCCUGGAGUGCACGUGUGGGGCAAUCAGCACUUACCUGAGGAGCUGGGAGAGGAGCACCUAUCCACAAAUCACGCGCCAGCGCUUCUCUGCACACCUGUUCCCCACGUACCGGUACCUCCUCAGCGCCUGGCUGCCCAGCGAGGACACAGAGGUCAAACUGGCUGUCCUCAAGGCCCUGGGGCCAGUGCUGAACAUCCUGCUGCCCAGGAAGGAUCUGCAAACCCAGAUCGAUGGGGACAUCCCCCUGCUCCUGGCUCUGUACGGGAAGAACAUUGAGGCCUUUUACAUCACCAAGGUUCUGGGACAGAUCUUGCAGGCCUCUUCCUCCAAGAACCCGAUCCCAGAGGUGUAUGUGGCGGCCAUCUCCCAUACGCUGAGCUACCAGGUCAUUUCCAAAGCUCAGCUCAGCUCCCUAUCAGCUCUGCAGGGAGAAUCACACAGAGAUUUCCCACGUCUUCCUGCAACUCGUUCCGGGGCUGGCCAGCCGGAAACACCUGUGCAUCAAAUCAGUGAAAUCAGCUCUUACCGACGGGAGUCCCAAGGAGCGUCCAAUGCGGAGCCUUCCCCUGGGGGGGCGGCUGGAAAAAACGGUCCAGAAAACCAGCCUGGCCACCUUAGAAAUAAUCAUUGCCUCGGGCAGGGGGCUCAGCCAGCGGCAUCUGCGACUCCCCAGCAGCUGCUGGCCCGGCUCCUGGUGCUGUCAGCAUCCCCCUUCGAGGGAGAAGGGUGCGGAGUGGCUGCGCUGCUCCUGCUGAACGCCCUGCGCCCUGAGAUGUAUGGGGACGAGGCUGAGCAGUGGUGGAUGGAGAUUCCAGCCAUGGUCCAGUCUCUUGAUGGACAUAGCACGUUCUCUCUGGACCAGACCACGUGGGAGCACAAGCUGUUGGAGUUCCUCCGAAAGACCUUGGGGAGGAGCAAAGAGGGCGGCUGGAGCCAGGAUGUGAGCCAGGAGCUGGGCCGGCAGAUGGGCAGCUAUGCCAACGCCUCUGUGGAGAAGGCUUUCCUCUACAAGGCUCUGGGCACAGCCCUGGCCAUGAGCAAGGUUGUGGCUUCAGUGACAGAACAGUUCCGGAAGCUGCUGCGCAUGGCCGACUAUCUGAAUGGUGCAGAGACGGAGUGCCUUGGCUCCUGCCUGCAGCUCUGUGCCAGGGACCAGCUGGAUGCCACCCUGAGAGCUCUGGGCGACUUUGAGGAGGAAAUGGCGGAGGGGGAGAAUUCCUGGCAUCUCAGGAAGGCCCUGACCCCACGGGACAGGGACAGAGUGAAGAGCGCCCUCCUGCUGUUCUACAGCAGUGCAGCAGCCCAGGCGCUCCCCCAGCAGCUGCUCCCUCAGCUGGCGGACAAGAUCGUACCCAAAAUCCUGCACCAUUACAGCACCGGCUCCCAGGCACUGGGACUGAACGCCAGGCAUAUGGACACGGCCCUUACUCUGCGCUUCAUUGAGAGCAUCUCUGCAGUCAGCCUGGCCGUCCAGAGGAGCGGGGAAUCCCAACCCCACCAGCUUCCUCACAAAGAGGCGCUGCUCAGCCAGCUGCUGGAGAUCAUUAAGGCCGAGCCACGGAGCUCCCUGCUCUCCCCAGUUCGCCAGGAGGCAAUGGUGGCCAUCGGGCACCUGAGUAAAGUGAAGCACCCACUGAGCUGCGAGAAGAAUCAGGAGUUGAUGGAGCAGUGUCUUGAUAGUGUCUUUUCCCUGCCUCCCCAGGAGUUCACUGAGGACGUGGGGCCCAUCCAGACUCUUUAUGCCAGCACCAUGGCCACCCUGGAGGGGCUGAUGCAGACGUUACUGGAGGGGGAUGAGAUGCCAGAGCGACUCCAGGGAACCUUCCGGCUCCUGCAGAGAUGGCUGGUGUCAGAGCAGGUGUGGGAGCGUGCACGCGCCAUGCGGGUCAGCACCCACCUGCUGAAGGCAUAUCUCCAGACGGUCACCAUCACCAUGGUCAUCAGGGCCCUGCCCAAGGCGGAGAUCCUGCCCUUCACCCAGACCCUGCUGGAGAGUCUGGGGGCCGUGAGCCAGGCCUGUGACCAGGCCAGUGUCCUGUGGUUUCACACGCUCCUGACAGACCGCGCCAGUGACCUGAAGGACACAGUCCAGACCAUCCUGAGCAUCACCAGCAUCUACCUGCGCUGUGUGGAGGCCCCUGAGCCGAGAGGGCUCCUGGCCCAGGCAGUCUCAGUGCUGGCUCAGCACCACCAGGAGCCUGUGGUCACCUACCUCCUACAGCGCCCCCUGCCCUUGGAUAGGUGGUCUGUGCCAUCGGUGAGGUGGUGAUGGGGGCAGCGGUCGGAGAUGCGCUGGGCUCGUUGCUCCCUGAGCUCUGCUGUGCCCUCCUGUACCAGCUCCGCUGCACCCCGGACAGCGACACGCCAUUGCCCGCCAGGGCUGGGAGACCCCUGGCCAGCCCAAAGGGAGCUGCUCCCCCACCCUGCACCCCCUGCAGGGAACGUCUGGGACAAGGCACCCCACUCCCACCCUCCACAGGUAACGUCUGGGGCAAGGGCACCCCACUCCCACCCCCGCAGGUAACGUCUGGGGCAAGGGCACCCCACUCCCACCCCCACAGGUAGCGUCUGGGGCAAGGGCACCCCACUCCCACCUCCACAGGUAACGUCUGGGGCAAGGGCACCCCACUCCCACCCCCGCAGGUAACGUCUGGGGCAAGGGCACCCCACCCUCCACCCCCCGCAGGGAACGUCUGGGGCAAGGGCACCCCACUCCCACCCUCCACAGGUAGCGUCUGGGGCAAGGCAUCCCAAUCCGACCUCAGCCCCCCACCCCUCACCAGCAAUGCUCAAGGACAAGGCCACCCCAGCCCUCCGCCCGGCACCCACCACCCGUCAUAGGUAAUGCCUGAGAACAAGGACACCCCUUCCCAUUCCCCAGCAGCCACCCCUCAGAGGAAACACUCAGAGGCAAGGACACCCCCCAGACCCCCAUCCGUCCCAUCCUGCAGUCAGUGCCCAGGAAGGAUCUGGUGCCAACAGCCCCACGGUCUGCCACUGACAGGAUCCCUCCGGCCUCUGCCCUCCCGCAUCUCUGCUCUGCUCCCCCUCCCCCGCUUCAAUUGUGCCCCUUAGCCUGGGCAGUGGGGCUGGGCCCUGGGAUUCAGGCAGCUGGGUUCUGAUCUCAGUCCCUGCCCCAUUCUCUGGGUAUCCCUGGCCAAGUCCCAGCCCCUCUCUGGGCCUCAGUUUCCCCCUCUCUCCUUGGGGAUUAGUGAUACAUGGGGGGCACAGGGCUGAGGAGGGCCAGGCAUUAGCUGGAUCCCGCAGCCCCGUUCACCGGAGCAGCCCUGCUGUCUCCCCAGCCUGACAGUGGCGGUGGUGGUAAUAAUUUAAAAAAAUUAAUUAACACAGCUGGACACCAUUCACAUUUGAAACAUAAAGUAGCUUAAAACUGUCCUAGCUUGAAGUGGUUUGAAACUCCUUCAGAAAAUGUGGUCCUCUUACAAGUGUAGAUGCGAGGUUGCAUAUGUGGUAAAGCCAUGUAUACAGAGGACAUGCUGAUUUUAAUCAUACAAAUUUCCUAAGCACUUUACAGAAUAUCUAAUUGCUUAUUUUUAAAUCCUAAUCAGAGAAAAAUUAAAAUGAUUUGUGCAAAUAAUUGAAUUCUAAGUAUUGUGUAACAACAAACACUCUUAUUUUCUAGAUCUACUGAUAGCUAUCUCUGAGCCAACAAAACAGUAUUUUCAGAGUUUAUGGUUCUUUACUGAAGCAGGUCUAUUCUUUAUCUAAGAACAUGAAAACAAAAGAAUUCAUAAUAUUGUUAUCCCUUUUAACUUGAGCAAUUAGUGAAUAUUUUGGGUCUUGUGAGUUGUUUCCACUGGGGGAGAAAUGAAUGAUGGAGUCAGGUAUUUUUUUGAUGAAAUCCUUUUUAUUUACAAAGAAUGCACACAAAGUUCUAUUUCCCUAACGACAGCAGGAAUAGUUUCUUGGCUCACAAUUCCAAGCCUCUUUAUAUACAGCAGUCUACCCAAAAGCACUCUCUCUCUCUCUCAGCUUUUUCUGAGAUCACACUACAAAUACUUCUCUGGGGCUCCUUUCUGCUUCUGCGGUGUCACACUCCCUCUCCCACACCUCUGUUGGUUGUCCCUAGGCCUAAGUAAACCAAAGUUGUGACUUUAGGCCUGAGUGAACCAAAGUUCUUCCAUGCUGUGAACUUUAACCAGCCUAAGAUGCUAACAAACAGCAAGCAAAAUGUGUAACUGUCAGCUG